ACACGGAGCCGCUCGCGCCCAAGUCUUUGGAAUCUAACCCUUUCUUUUCUCUUAUGUUUCCAUAGUUAAAUACACUCGCCGACUCACUACUCAAUUAACUCAACCCUAGUUAACUCUUCAACCCAUCUUGUUUUUUAUUUAUAUAUCACCUUCCCCUCUUCCUCGCAAUCUUAAUUUCUCUUCUCCAUCUCCUUUAUCUGCUUCUGCUCGGUCAGUUCUUCAAGCUUGAUACCCAUCUUCUUUAUUUAUAUAUCGCCUGCUCUUUCUUUUUUUUUAGCUUAAACAUUGUGGAUCGGUGUUGGGUUUUUGGUUUGUUUAUGUGAGUGUUGCUGGAGGUAGAAAAACAAUGAGUUGCAAUGGUUGCAGAGUGCUACGCAAAGGGUGCAGUGAAACUUGUAUUCUACGCCCGUGUUUACAGUGGAUUGAAAGCCCUGAAGCCCAAGGCCACGCAACUGUCUUCGUUGCUAAGUUCUUUGGCCGUGCCGGCCUCAUGUCCUUCAUUUCAGCCGUCCCUGAAAACCAACGUCCUGCUUUGUUUCAAUCUUUAUUAUUUGAAGCCUGCGGCAGAACUGUGAAUCCUGUAAACGGCGCUGUAGGACUUCUUUGGACCGGAAACUGGCACGUUUGUCAAGCUGCUGUAGAAACUGUUCUACGUGGUGGAACGCUACGGCCGAUGCCUGAGCUUCUCGCUGCUGGAGGAUCUCCAUCUCCGGCUUCAGAUGAAGCUUCUGAGGUUGAAGUGACGUGUACAGAUAUGUGGACACUCCAGGAUCCAAAUCCAAACCCCCAUUCUCGAUUCUCCAAUUCGAGAUCCAAAGUGUCGCCAAAACGAAAACCAAUCGAUGAACCUGUGAAUUUAGUUAAGCAACAACAACUGCAGCUACAGUUAACAGGAAAGGAUCUGGAUCUUCGGCUGACACCGACCUUCUCCAAAAAAACAUCCCACCGUAAACUAGAAAACCGGCGGCUGGGCAGUCCGUCGAUGAAUUCAGAGGAGUCAGUGACGACGAGGACGACAUGUUUGGAAAGCGGACCGGGAGAUCUUUACGGGAAUAGAGGAGAGACAAAGCUCCUGAACCUAUUUGUUUAGGGGAAGAUUAAAAAAAAGAGUUUUUUUUUUAAUUUUGUGAAUCUGACAGCAUGGGAGUUAAUCCUUUUUGGUUAAUUUUUAGCCCCCGGAAUUGGAUUAAUUUUCCGGCGAGUUUUUUUGUAAAUCACCGGCAGAUGAUCUCUCUUUGUGAGUAGUCAUCAAGAGAACAAAUGAAUCUGCCGGUGAUUGUUUUGUUAAAUUUGUUUUGUGAUGCCCGUAUGACAUGAAUAAUAAAAUAAAUUAAAUUAAAUUAAA